AUGCUGCUGUCAGCAACUCCGCAGAAUGAAUACAAACCACGCAGUGCAUCUUCCCGUCGUUCGUCAGGAUCAUAUCCAAGAUUUAAACUCACAACUAUAGCCACCAAUGAAGAUAUAGAUUUACAAUCCAUAGAUCCAGGUACAGUUAAAAUAGAUUGUUCUGGUGCCUAUAUUGCAAAUGACGACCUAUUAAGAAGCUCCCUAGAAGGCAAUGAUAGCACUUCAACCUCAUCAAACACCACCACACCACCACUGUCAGGUGCGUCUUCAGAUUUGGAUGAUGAUUUAGAAAGUGAUUCAUCUAAUACAUCAGUUGAAGAUCAAAUUUCUUCACAUCAUGGAACCAUUACCAAGAAUAACAUUACUUUACCACAGCACAAUGACGAGAUUAUACAUAUUUCAGUGGAUAUUGGUGGAACUUUAACUAAAUUGGUUUAUUUUUCAAAAUCUAAUAAAAUUACUGGUGGUGGUAAAUUAUAUUUCCAAGAUUUCCAAACUGAAAAUUUCAAAGUUGAAGCCAUGAAAUUCAUGAUUAAACUUAUUCAAAAAUCAGUUGAUAAGAAUAAUAAUAAUCCACCAAUUACUUAUAUCAUGGCUACUGGUGGAGGUGCACAUAAAUUUUACAAUUUAAUGACAAAAACAUUCAAGAAAUAUAAACUACCUAUGAAAAUCAUAGCGAAGGAUGAAAUGGCUUGUUUGAUUAAAGGAUUAGAUUGGUUAAUCACCAAGAUUCCUCAAGAAAUUUUCACAUAUGAUUUAAUUGAAUCAACGACUAAAUUUCAACCACUACAAUCAGAAAAAGAAAUAUAUCCAUAUUUGUUGGUUAAUAUAGGAAGUGGUGUUAGUAUGAUUAAAGUGACCAAACCUGGCCCUGAUGGAUUUGAGAGAAUUGGGGGUAGUUCAUUAGGAGGAGGUACAUUAUGGGGGUUAUUAUCAUUACUUACAGAUGCCAAAGAUUAUAAUGAAAUGUUGGAAAUGGCACAAAAUGGUGAUAAUGAGAAUAUUGAUUUAUUGGUUGGAGAUAUCUAUGGUACAAAUUAUAAUAAAAUUGGAUUAAAAGCCAAUCAUAUUGCUUCUUCAUUUGCUAAAGUAUUUAAAAAACUAAGAUUUAAUAACAAGACAAUGACACCAGCUGAAAAAUUGGCACAAUUUAGACAAGAAGACAUUGCCAGAUCAUUGUUAUUCUCCGUUUCUAAUAAUAUUGGACAAAUUGCUUAUUUACAUGCAUUAAGAUUUAAUUUGAAAAGAAUUUACUUUGGUGGUAGUUAUAUAUCAGGACAUAUGCAAACUAUUCAUACGUUGAGUUAUGCGGUAAAUUUCUGGUCCAAAGGAGAUAUGGAGAGUUAUUUCUUAAGACAUGAAGGUUAUUUAGGAAGUGUUGGUGCAUUCAUGAUGGGUCCUGCUGUUGAUGAAAGUUUAAACGGGGAUGCUACUCAAGAAAGUGUGUCUAAUUGA